AUGGAGAAUAAGGAAAGAAUACGAGAACACCCGGAGGCAUCAGCAACGAACCCCAGGGAUGAUGACAUCGAGCCGGCGAGAACCACGAUAGGUGGGGGCGACACGACCGAGGUGAAGCAUCAGCAAGAAACACAACAUCUGGGAACCCUCGAUAGAAAGCUCAAAGCUCGUCAUGUACAGUUCCUGGCCUUGUCAGGCGCCAUCGGUACCGGUUUGUUCGUCGGCAGCGGUCAAGUCUUGUCACUGGCUGGCCCGCUGUCGGCGUUCAUCUCGUACGCAGUCACGGGUUUCAACCUCUACUGCGUAAUCAACAGCUUGGGGGAGAUGGCUGCAUGGCUCCCAAUCCCAGGCGCGGUACCUAUCUUCGCGGCGCGAUAUGUUGACCCGGCGCUCGGGUUUACGCUUGGAUGGAACUACUGGUACCAAUUUGCAAUCGGCGUGCCAAUCGAAGUCACCGUCUCUGUCGUGAUCCUCGACUACUGGGACCACUCCGUCCCCCAAGCCGUGCUUAUCACAAUCUUCCUGCUCGCCAUGGUUCUCAUCAACUGCUUCCCGGUGCGCAUCUACGGCGAAGCCGAAUUCUUCUUCGGCGCCAUCAAACUCAUCACAAUCGUCGGCCUGAUCCUCCUCAUGUUCAUAAUCACCCUCGGCGGCUCCCCCUCCGGCGACCGCAUCGGCUUCCGCUACUGGGCCGAUCCGGGGCCGAUGAACGCCUACCUCCGCCCCGGCGCCCUCGGCCGCUUCCUCGCCUUCUGGAAGGUCUUCAUCCAGGCCACCUUCUCUUACGGCGGCAGCGAGAUGGUCGUCGUCGCCUCGGGCGAGACCGAGAACCCGCGCCGCAACAUCCCUAAGGCCAUCCGCCGCGUCUUCUGGCGCAUCGCCAUCUUCUACGUCCUCGCCAUCUUCCUCGUCGGCCUCUGUGUCUCUUCCGAGGACCCAAACCUCCUCGAUGCAAUCGGCUCCAGCGCCCCCGGCGCCGCGCAGUCCCCCUUCGUCAUCGCCAUCCGCAACGCCGGCAUCCGCACGCUGCCCUCGAUCAUCAACGCCGUCGUGCUUUCCUCCGCGUGGUCCGCCGGCAACUCCUUCUUCUACGCCUCGACGCGCGUGCUCUACGCCGCCGCGCUCGACGGCACAGCACCCGCCGUCCUCAAGUUCGAGCGCUUCGGCGUGCCGUACGCGUGCGUCGGCGCCACGACGGCGCUCAGCUGCCUCGUCUACCUCAACGUGAGCAACCGCGCCGCGGAGGUGUUCUUCUGGAUCAGCAACCUCAGCGCCGUCAGCACGCUCAUCGUGUGGGCGAGCGUGUGCGUGACGUAUCUGCGCUUCUACCACGGGCUGCGGCACCACGGCGUCGACCGCGACACGCUGCCGUACAAGGCGCCGCUGCAGCCGUUCCUGGCGUACUUUGCGGUGUGCUUCUGUCUCGUGGUCGCACUGUUCAACGGCUUCGACGCGUUCUUCCCGGGGCGGUUUAGCGCCAAGACGUUUGUGCCGCCGUACAUUGACAUCCCCAUUUUUCUGAGCCUGUUCCUCGGGUACAAGUUUGUGAAGGGGACUAGGUUUGUGAAGGUGGCCGAGAUGGAUAUCUGGUCUGGCAAGGCGGAGAUUGAUAGGCUGGAGCCGACGUGGCCGGUGGUCACGCCGAGAAACUGGGUGGAGAGGAUUUGGUUCUGGAUUGCUUGA